CGCUGCUCGGGGUCCUGUCGGGAGUCCUGAGGCUUCGGGUGGGCUGGAGAGAGCCCUUCUCCCCACGGCGUGUGAGCAGGAGCCGUGCUGGCAGCAGGAUCCGGCCCCGGCAGGGAUCAGGUCUCGUAGCCAUAGCAGCAGGGUAUUUAUUACAGCCCGGCCACGCUCCACCCCGGGCUGGCGGACUUUAGCCCUUAAUAGAAUAGAAAAAGUAGCAGCAGACGCCUCCAAUCCCAACUGGCAGCUUAAAACACAAGGAGGGUCCCCAAAGUAAUGGCAAAAUUUCUGUCCCAGGAUCAAAUUAAUGCACAACUUGCCCGUUCGCAUUGAGCGUGAGGAGGAGCAGAGCCUGCCGCUGCGCUGGGAGCAGUGUGGGAAGGGAGGAUGGCAGCCUUAUCUAGAGUUCAAGGAAUGUUUUUCCCUGUACGACAAGAAACAAAACGGCAAGAUAAAAGCCUCCGACCUGAUGGCAGUGAUGCGGUGCCUGGGAGCCAGCCCGACGCCGGGAGAGGUGCAGAGACACCUGCACUUGCACACCAUCGACAGAAACGCAGAGCUGGAUUUCUCCACUUUCCUGAAUAUAAUGUACAGGCAAAUGAAGCAAGAGGAACCCGAGAGGGAAAUCCUCACGGCCUUGUCCAUGAUAGACAGGCAGAAGAGAGGCGUUAUCUCUGUUUCGGAGCUGAGAGCCAAACUUACAAGACUGGGAGAAAAGCUUUCCGAGGAAGAAGUUGACGACCUGCUAAAAGAAGCCAAAGUUGGACCAAACGGAACAAUAAAAUAUGAAGAAUUCGUUCGCAACAUUUGUCCUCCUACAGUCAGCAACUGAAAUUCAAAAGAGCAGAUCUGGUAAGAGCAGGACCUGAAAUGGUUUUGGCUUCGAUUUUCCCUAGUUACUGCUUGGACUCAGGAAUCAUCAUUUGCCUUUUAAAAAAUCCUUAUUUUGCCUUGACAAUAGUGCUUACACUUACACACGUUCCCACCCCUUUUCUGGAGAAAUGCUGUCACAAAACGUGAGCUCUCUGUUAUUUAAAUAAACCGAACGUAACACUC